AUGGGUUCUCAGGCACCAACACCUUCGGUCCAUUCCGACAAUGCGACCGUAGUCAUCGAGUCCGAAAAGUCACAUUCCAAUGUCGAACCCUCAUCAUCCAACCCCACUCACAUCACUAACGGUGAAAAACAGGAAUACCUCGAGCCAACCCGCGGCGAAAAGGAGGAAAUUAUCGACGACCAGGAAGCCGCUGGAACUGCUAUCAAACAAAAGAUCGAGGAGGAUGCAUCUGCCGCAGUGGUUGCACCCUCAAGCGCCUCUUCUUCCAAGGGAUCGAUCUCCCACGGAAACCUUGACCCUGGCCCACACAACCCGGCCCAUGAGGACUUUGUGCCCAUGCCCUUCAAGCAGUUGAUGCUCGUCUUUACGGGAUUGAUGCUUGGAAUUUUCCUUGCCUCGUUGGAUCAGACAAUCGUCUCGGUCUGCUCUGCCAGGAUUGCGAGCGAUUUCAAAGCCUUGGACGAGAUUCCUUGGAUCGGAACAAGUUACCUCUUGACCUCGACCACCUUCCAGCCCCUGUACGGAAAGGGAAGCGAUAUCUUCGGUCGCAAGUUGACCUUCUUGUUCGCCAUCAGUGUCUUCUUGAUCGGUUCGGCUCUCUGUGGUGCUUCCCAGAGCAUGAUCAUGAUGAUCAUCUCCAGAGCUAUUGCGGGAAUUGGUGCAGGAGGAAUCAUGGCGAUGGUCAUGAUCAUUAUCACUGACUUAGUCUCGCUCAGAGAUCGCGGCAAGUACCAGGGUAUCAUUGGUGCCGUCUUUGGUUUCUCCUCGGUUCUCGGACCCCUUCUUGGAGGUGUCUUCACCGAUCACGCCUCCUGGCGUUGGGCCUUCUUCAUCAACUUGCCUAUCGGCGCCAUCACCCUCGUCGCUGUUGUCAAGUUGCUCCAUUUGCCUCGCGCCCAUGGCUCUCUCCGCGAGAAGAUUGCCCGUAUUGACUUCUAUGGAGUCAUCGCCCUAGUUAUCGGUCUUGUCCUCCUCUUGUUGCCCCUGAACUGGGGAGGCAACACCAAGGAAUGGAAUGACCCUCUGAUUAUUGGUCUCCUCUGCGGUGGUAUCGCCGUCAUCCUUAUCUUCUGCUUCAUCGAGGCCAAGGUAGCCGUCGAGCCCAUUCUCCCCUUCCGCAUGUUCAAGAACCAGACCAACUCUGCCGUCUUUGCGACCUCGCUCUUUGUCGGCAUGGGUUUCUUUGGUAUCAUGUUCUUCAUGCCCUUGUACUUCCAGAUUGUUCGUCAAGAGUCCGCUACCUCCUCUGGCCUUGAGAUGCUGCCCCUGAUUGUCGGUCUUUUGAUCGCCUCGAUCUCGUCUGGUUUCAUGGUCUCCAAGUGGGGUCAGUACCGCCCCUUCAUCUGGAUCGGCCUUGCCCUCUCGACUAUCGGUACCGGUCUCUUGGUCCUCUUGAAGGAGGACUCUCCCCGCGGUAUGAUCAUCGGCUUCUUGUUCAUCAACGGCUGCGGUCUCGGUUUCUCGAUGCAGACCAUCAUGCUCGCCAUCCAGUCCUCGGUCGCGACUGCCGACAUUGCCGUCGCCACCGCCAACGCGACCUUCUUCCGUACCGUCGGCUCCGUCUUUGGAGUCGCCAUCUCCGGAACCGUCUUCAACAAUGCUGUCAAAACCAACAUCAAGCCCUUGCUCCUCUUGAACCCCGAUAUUGCUAUUGUCCUUUCAAACUCGUAUGCGGUGAACGAUUUUGAUGACGCCACCAAGGCCGAGAUUCUCCACGUCUUCAUGAUCGCCCUCAACAAGGCCUUCACCGUCUGCAUCCCCUUCAUGGGCAUUGCCUUCUUGUGCAGUUUGUUUAUCCAGCACAACAAGUUGCGCAAGAACCUUGGACCCACCCCUAUGGAGUGA